AUAUGAAAAUAUAAAAAUUAAAAAAAAAAAAUAAUUAAAAUGAAUUUAGAGUUUGGUAAAUUCAAAAUUUUAUGUAUCAAUAUUUUCCUAAUACUGCUGAAAGCAGCCACAUUAAAUCCCUACCAGCUGCAACAACAAUUGGAGGAAGUAGAUAAUACUUUACAAAAUAAUUGUGACUUAUGUCAUAGAGUAUUGGUCAUUUUAAUAUCCCUGUAUUUGGAAAUCAAAUUUAUCAUGGGUUAUGUAACAUUGGCAGCCAAUAUAAUAGCCAUUUUCCCUAUUUUAACAGAUGAUUUGCCACACCUUCUACUGCCCGCCUUAAUAGCCCAAAGUAUAGAUCAUAUAGCAUUAAAUUUCAGUGAAAUCAUUUUAGGAUUUUUUACUACCAAAAUAGUGGCCAGCUACAAUAUGAGUGUGUUUAUUGUACUAAUGCUGAAUAAAUUAUUUAAAAUAACAUUUGCCAUUACAGCCCUAAAUAUCUAUUCCGAUUAUUAUCAACAAUUGAAAUUCAUUCCCUUACAAUUUGGAAUUUCAAAAUCUGUAAUAUCUCAAGAAAAAUUCAUAAGAUCGCAAUCAUUACAAUAAAAAAUAUUUCAACUUACCGGCGCUACUUCAUUGACAUCUAUGAUUUGUAUUAUCAAUAAACCACUUCCCUGUUGCACGGUAGGUGCUGUACUAUCGGUUACCAACACAUUAAUGCGUAUGACCUGAAAUUGUUCACAAUGUCAAGGAGUUUAAUUUUAAAUUAAGGUUUUAUAAACUUACUGCAA